GUGGCGGUACAGCAGCAGGGGUUUGCUCAGCAAACAGAAGAAGAAGAAGCUGAAGAUUUCUUCCUCUUGACUUUUUAUUUUUCGCUUCGUUAAAAAAUCGCGUUUUUUGUCUCGUGAACGUUUUUGUUGUCGUCGUGUCGCUUGUGUGACGUCAGUCUUUGCUUUGAGGAACACUUCGUCCAUCAUGUCUCACAACUACAGACCGCCUGACUCCGACCUCAGACCUGAUCCUGCUGCGUACUCUUCAGAUCGGCGUCACACAUCGCUGGACCGCCGCUGUUACAGGCCGCCGCAGGCGUCUUUCUCUCCAUCCUUCCCGUCCUCUUCCUCCUCCAGAGGCUCGGCUCAGUGGUCGCAGGACGGUGCUCUCAGCAUCCUGAGCAGCUGUGGUCUGGAGCCCAGCGACUUGUCUCUGCUGGCCGAGCUGCCAGAGGACGUCCUGACGGUGGAGUCCCUGCCUCAUGUCCUCAAUCAGCUCAAAGGAAAGAGAGGGAGCGUUAAACCUUUCCCCACCAACGCUCCUUCCUCCUCCUCUUCCUCCUCUUCCUCCUCUCAUCCUCCCAGCUCCGUGCAACGAUGUGCCGUCAGCUCCUCCUCCAGAGACUGGGAUCAGCUCCGCAGUCAACCAGUCCAGUACCCGCUGGGUCAGGUACCGUCCCGUCCUCUUCCAUCUGAGAAGGUUCAGGACCACUGGGGGAAUCCCAGAACCAGCAGCUCGCUCAGAGCAGACCCACCGUCAUUCUCGUCUUCGUCGUCCAGCUACGUGGUGGACUUCCACCACCGACCGGGACCCUCUGAUUAUGGUACGACAGGCAGAGCCGCUCGUUCAGUGUCCUCACGGGACCGACCCUCUGUCAGGUCGGCAGCACCAAACGACUGGACUUGUCCUUCCCGUGUCUCUGAGUCAGGGUCGGCCGGUUACAGGUCAGCUCCUCCCCCUGAAGGGCACCAACCUCCACCUCAGGGGAGACGCCCCGAGUGCGAAGGCUCUUCCAUCAGGAGCAGCCGGCUCGCCGUGGCCGCCUCCAUGCCCUCCACGAAAGAAGCCCUGGACUUCCACGGCAAGCUGCCACAGGCGUUCCCGUACUCGUGCUCUCUGUGUGAUAUCACUGUGCUGUCAGAGAGGGUCUGGACCAAACACAUCAACGGCACUUACCAUGCAGACGGUCAGCUCCGCCUGCUGCAGCGGUUUCCUACGUGGGACUGUCGGAUGGAGACGGUCAACAGGGCUGACAACCAAUCAGAGAAGAGUAAGGAUGAAGAAAAGCCGACCCGACCGCCUCAGUCGGCCAAUGAGAGCCAAAAGUCUCAGUGGAAUCAGCAGUGGACUAAGAAGACGUCAGACAAGAGUAAAGUGGUGUGUGUGAAGUUUCCAGCUCAGUCUGUGGAUGAGACGUAUCUGAGGAAUCUGACUCAACCCUUUGGAAAGAUCGUCAAGAUCCUCAUGUUCCCGUCUUUAGCGUUUGUGGAGCUGGGCUCCGUCGAUCAGGCGAAGGAUUUGGUGAAAUUCCACAUCAACUGUCCUCCAACUGUGAAUGGAGAGCAGAUGGAGUUCAGCAUCUCCAGCACCUUCAGCUUCCUGCAGAGUUCUCGGGUCGUGAGCUUCACUCCGGCUCCAACAGGAGAAGAAGGCCGAUCCGACCUGAUCAGCAUCGUCAAACGCUUCGGCCUGCCGCUCUACACCCUGUUCCUGCCGUCUAUGGCGUUUGUGGAGAUGAAAAAUGUUCCUGACGCUCAGAAGCUGGUUGAUUAUUAUUCUGCCAAAACUCUGAGGAUCAACAGCGACCUCGUCAAAGUGUCCCUCUCUGGAGAAUACAGGAGCCUCAUGCGAGUUGCUUCUGCCACGAGGUACGAGGAGGAAACGCCUUCGACCAAGAGGGCGAGGAGUCGAAGCCGAGAGCCGGAGGACAAGACAGAAAACCAGAGGAAAAGAUCCAGAUCCAGAGAAAGAUCCAGAGAUGAGUCCAGAGCAAAGAGGUCCAGGUCCAGUGAUGAGUCCAACAGGGGGAAGAAGUCCAGGUCUCGAUCUAAAUCCAGAGAUAAACCCACAGAGAAGAGAUCCAGAUCCAGAGAAAAGUCCAGCAGCACAUCUUCUGGACAGAAUGGAUCCAGAAAAAAGACGGAGGAACCAGAAAAAAGUGAGAAACUUGACUCUGACUCCAAACCUGAACCUGCAGAGCACAGACCGAGUGAAGAAGACGAAGAGUCGUCUGCAGAGGACAGCGACAUCGAGGGGAUGGAGGUGAUCGGAGAGGAUGUUGAGAAUGUGGACGAUGAAGACAUGGAGACUGCUGAGGAGGAAGAGGAGGAAGAUGAGGAAGAUGAACAUCCAGCAGAGAGAACUGACUCGACACAAGAAGAGAAGGAAAAUGUGGUGAAGGAGGAAGAGGAGGAGGAAGUGAAGGUGGAAGAGGAAGACUCCACCAGAGAAAGGGAGGAGUCAGCAGACGAUGAGGAGGGACCAGAUUUCCCUGUGGACCUGGAGAACUGCAUCACUCUGGAUGAACUGGAAGAAGAAGAAGAAGAAUCCGAUGACUCAGAGACUGCAGCUGAACCCAAGUCUUCGGCCACCAGAGUCGUUUUCUUCAAAAAACUGCCGCCGCGUUUCUACACCGACGCCGAGUUCGUCCAACUGGUCAAAGGUGUUGGAACGCCGGUGCGCUACUUCCUGAUUCGCCGACAGCAACAGGGUUUCAUCGAGAUGUCGUCGUCUGCUGAAGCGCUGAAAGCCGCCCGAGUGCUGAACCGUAAAACUUUUCUCGGAUCCAGACUCUUCGUCAACAUCUCCCACAAAUACACCCGACUGGUGAACGGGUACGACGUUCAGUCGGACUCCGACACGGAGAAGAGCGAGGGUCGAAGCAGCAGGAGGAGAGACAGGCUCAGUAAAUCCAGAACCUCGGACAGAGAAGAGGCCUGCAGGAGAGAGUCAGGGUCCAGAGAGACUCCAGAGAGAGAGUCUGCAUCUAGAAAGACUCCAGAGAGUGAAUCUAGAAAGACUCCAGAGAGAGAGUCGGGACCCAGAAAGACUCCAGCGAGUGAGUCUGCAUCUAGAAAGACUCCAGAGAGUGAAUCUAGAAAGACUCCAGAGAGAGAGUCGGGACCCAGAAAGACUCCAGAGAGUGAGUCUGCAUCUAGAAAGACUCCAGAGAGAGAGUCGGGACCCAGAAAGACUCCAGAGAGUGAAUCUAGAAAGACUCCAGAGAGAGAGUCGGGACCCAGAAAGACUCCAGCGAGUGAGUCUGCAUCUAGAAAGACUCCAGAGAGUGAAUCUAGAAAGACUCCAGAGAGAGAGUCGGGACCCAGAAAGACUCCUGAAAUAGAGUUGUUUCCAAAGGUGGGUCAAGAAGACAAGAAGUUGAAAGGAAACGUUGUGAGUGACAACGAAUCUUUGCCUGAAAAAAACCUGAAGUCACAAAAUGAAGGGGAGGCGACGGAGAAAGAUGCUCCUGAAAAAGAACCAGCGAUGAAUCCUGGGGAGACUUCAGAGACGGAGACGAGUCCAGAUCAACCACACACUGAACAGAAACCUGCGGAUUCUGAUCGUGCAGUGAAACUGGAGCAAUCACCUGCAGGGGGCGUCGCUGAGCCUGAGAAACCCACCAAACCUGUUGGAACAAAGUUUGUUCGGCCGGUCGUCGGUUAUUUCUGUCACCUGUGUCAGGUGAUCUACGCCGACGAGGAUGAAGCCAAAGUGCAGCACUGCAGCAGCCUGACGCACUACAGGAAAUACCAGGAGAAGACGGGAAUCGACCCGUGGACGAGCUGAGUCGCUCAAGAUGAAUUCAUCAGUUCACUGAACAGACAGAAACUAAAUGGAUGAGUCCCUUUGAAAAUCUACAUUGUCCAGAGUCGCCAGGUCAGACUGGUCUGUUGCUUUGGAGACCUUUUAAAAAGCUUUUCUGCUCGUGGACACUUCAGCAGGGUCGAGGGUUUGAAACCAGCCUCAGUGGAAACUGAUGAAGAUGAUCAGCGGUGCUACUUCCUGCUUUCACAAUUGUUAAUGUCAAAAACAUUUUCUGGAAAAGCUGUUUGUUGUGACUGUUUAUUUUUUAAGUGUCAUCGUCAUUAAUAUAAAUCACAGGUGACAUAAAUAACAAAACUUCAACAUUUGAAACAAGACAUUAAAUAAAAUACUUUGACAUUUUACUAUCAA